AUGGCGAGAAGAUUUGUGUGUAUGUUCGUCGCACUAACGCUGUUGGCACAUGGAUUCUGUAUACCUACACAAAAUAGACUAAGAAGACAAACAAAUGAAUUGCAAGAAACAACAGAGACCCCUACAGAGACUACUCUCGUACCAGUGCAUGAUAUUUCGUUGGCAGCGAAUAAUGACGUUGCCAGCGCUCCGCUGUCAGUCCCUAUUGAUCCAAAAGAUGAUGCUGAUGAUGAUGAUGAUGAUGAUGAUAUCCCACAGUACCCCAGCGGAGGCGGUGGCAGUAACAUCGGGAGCCUGUUCAAUAUAUUAGGCGCUAUUCUACCAAGUUCCAGUAGCUCGAGUGUAAUGUUACGCAAUAUAAUUAGAACGAUGAUAAAACGAUUCAAUCCGCAUAUUAUAUUGCGUCGCGAAAUAAACGCUGACGACGUAGAGUUCGAUUAUGUAAAUGAUCUCAAACCACCACCGUUGCAAAGACAAGAAGAAAAUAGCGAAAGCGAAGAUUCUCGAAGUGAAUCAAGUAAAGAAGAGGCAAAUUCAGAACAAGAUUCAAAUUCGAAUAUCGAAUCUGAUGAGGACGAUUACGAUGAACCGCCAGGGGGCGGUGAUGGACAAGGAGGUGGCCUAUUGGGCCUUUUAGCUGGACUUAGCGGUGGUGAAGAUGGGCAAUCUGAUUUAGGUUCACUUCUCGCUACUGUGAGCGGAAUCAUCGCUAAUCUAAGUGGCGAUGGGAUCGACCUAAACAGUCUCAUUGCUUCAGGUAUUGGAUUAUUCGUAGGAUUACUGUCAGAAGGCGAUCAAUAUCCAGGAACAGUUAUUGCUAGCUAUCUAUUGACGUCAUUAGACACAAUAACUGGUGGUGGAUCGAAAAAUAAUGGAGCAUUCUUUGGCAAUUUCCUUUCAAAAUUAAUAGUAGGAACUAGCGCUGCGGGUGAUCCAGACGCAAGUUCAGAAGAGAACGGUCGUCCCCAAAUGAAGGAUUCCGCUGGGUUCUUUGCAAGUCUUCUGAUGUCUCUUCUUGGAGAGAUGUCCAAGAGUAGUUCUGGAGGCAGUUCACAUCCGUGGAAGAGAUCUUUGGAACCAAAUCGGCGGGCAGGCUACCGCUGCAAAUGCACCAUCGCCAUUCUGGACUCUCAAACUGGAUAUAUUAAGAGCAUUUGUACAAUUCACAACCAGUAUAUUGGGGCUUGCAUCUUCGACAUCUGCUCAGGCUUCUCAUUAAAAUUAGUGCCAUUUGACAAUAAAGUAAUACGUUGA